ACCUAACACACAGGCCCCACCACCACAAGUAGUUGCUGGGAUCCCUCCAAAUGCUAGACCGACACAUGUUACUGGUGGGCGUCCUCCAACAAAUUUCACUCAACAGGGUUUUCCAGGAUCACCUGCUCAAGGAACUAGACCCACUAUGCCUGUUCAGCAGGGUCCAACAAUAGGGAUUCCACCUGGACCGCGACCCCCCAUGGCACCACUACAGGUUGGUCCAGGAUAUCAACAAACUUCAUCUCAAUAUGCCCCUCGGCCUCCACCAGGAAAUGAAGGCAUUGAUAGUAUUUUACCGAAUAUAAGUAAUGUAAGAAUAAGCCAAGAUCCCCCUAUUCAAAAUCAAUCUUCUCAGAUCGAUCAGCAAACCAGAUCUCCAAAACAAAAUCGUUCUAAGCGUGCACACCAUGAUCUUGGUCCUCAGCCACAUUCUUCUGUCCCUUCAACGCCUAGUUAUCACCAGCCGCCAACAAACAAUGCGUCACAGACGGGACAAGCACCUACACAACCCAUGUAUACUUCAAUGGUUUCACAGCCUACUUCUGCUGGACAAGGGAUAAACCAACCUCAAUAUACGCAACCUCCGCAGCUCCACGUUCCUCAACAACCGCCAGCGUCCCAGUAUACACAACCUCCACAACUCCCAGUUCCUCAACAACCACCAGUACCUCAAUACGCGCAACCACCACAGCUUCCAGUUCCACAACAACCACCAGCACCUCAGUACGCGCAACCACCACAGCUUCCAGUUUCACAACAACCACCAGCACCUCAGUACACGCAACCUCCACAGCUUCCCGUUCCUCAACAACCUCCGCCAAUGGUACGUCCUAACGCUCCUAGGUCUCGCAUUGAUCCUAAUCAAAUUCCAUCACCGGUAGUCGUUCAGGAACAAGAUCAACAUCUAUUUGAUGAGCAACCAUAUAUGACUCGUUCUAAGUCAACAAUACCACUCGCAAGUACUGAUUUUAGAGCUAUUGAUGAAGGUAAUUCCAACCCUAGGUUUAUUAGAUUGACCUUAUAUUCUAUACCACAUACCGAAGAACUUCUUCAAACAUCCCAUCUACCCCUGGGUGUCAUAUUACAACCUUUGGCCAAGUUGAGAAGCGAUGAGGCUCCAAUCGAACUCGUCAAUUUUCAAGAUAAUGGACCGGUUCGUUGUAGGCGGUGCAAAGCAUAUAUAAAUCCCUACGUAAUGUUUGUGGAGGGUGGACAAAAAUUUAUAUGCAAUAUGUGUUUAUUUUCUAAUGAAGUUCCUUCGGAAUAUUUCUGCAACUUGGACAUGAAUGGACUUCGUGCAGAUAUAGAUCAAAGGCCAGAAUUAAAAUAUGGGACAGUGGAAUUUACAGCACCACAAGAAUAUUGGGCUCGGCCACCUACUCCUUUAUCCUAUAUUUUUGCCAUCGAUGUUUCCUGGAAUUCCAUAAAAAGUGGAAUGCUUGCAAAAUGUGUUGAAACAAUUAAGGAUAUCCUGUAUAAUUCUCAGAAUGGUAUACCACCUGGAGGUAAAAUUGGUAUCAUUACUUUCGACAAAGAUAUUCAUUUUUAUAAUUUGCAGCCGCAACUGGAACAGGCGCAAAUGUUGGUUGUAUCUGAUAUUAAUGAUGUCUUUGUCCCGCUUAGUUCUGGGCUUUUGGUUGAUCCAACGCAAUCCAGAGCCGUAAUUGAAGGUCUCUUAGAUUCCUUACCAGCAAUGUUCGCUGAAAAUAAGAUUAUAGAACCUGUAUUAGGUGCUGUAGUUAAGGCAGUUCACAUGGCUUUGAGCGACACUGGUGGUAAACUCUUAAUAUUUCAAACAGCUCUCCCGACACUUGGACCAGGGUCAAUAAGACACCGCGAAGAUUCAAAGCUUUAUAAUACUGAUAAAGAAAAGACAUUAUUUGGUCCACAGGAUAAUUAUUAUAAGACAUUGGCAAUCAGUUGUGUGGAUUCCGGAAUUUGCAUCGACUUAUUUCUAUUUCCCAAUGCGUAUAUUGAUGUUGCAACUAUAGGAUUGCUAUCAUGUUUAACUGGAGGUGAGACUUACUUUUAUCCCAACUUUGAUGCUCAAAGAGAUGGGGAAAAAUUCGUUUAUGAGUUGAAACAGAACUUCUCCAGAGAAUUCGGAUACAACGCGCUUAUGAGAAUUCGAUGUUCCAAUGGUCUCAAAAUUGCUGAUCAUUUCGGCAAUUUUAACAUGCGAAAUACGACUGAUCUUGAGCUUGCAGGUAUUGAUAGUGACAAAGCGUUUGGUGCUUUACUCAAAUAUGAUGGCAAACUGGACGAAAAAACAGACGCGUAUAUUCAAUGUGCCCUUUUAUAUACGACGUCAUCGGGACAACGUCGAGUACGAACUCACAACUUAAGUGUUAGCGUAACACAACUUCUUGGUAACGUUUUUAGGCAUGCUGAGAUGGAUACUACGGUGAACUUUUUAGCUAAGCAGGCGGUAUCGAAUACGUUAAAUAAGUCGUUACGUGAUAUACGUGAUCAGCUGACAGACAAAUGUGUGAAAAUAUUAAUGUCUUAUAGAAGGCACUGUGCAUCUUCAAGCUCUCCUGGUCAGUUGAUCUUACCUGAGGCGUUCAAAUUAUUUCCCCUAUAUGCUUUAACGAUGUUAAAAUCCAAAGCUCUUCGGGGUGGUGCUAACCUCACAAGUGAUGUCCGAGUAAAUUGCAUGCGUUUGAUAAAGAGUAUUGGUGUAUCACAAAGUAUCGUAUUGUUUUAUCCACGACUUUUUCCCGUUCAUAAUCUUUCUGAUCAGGCUGGAUAUCCGGACCAACGCGGUAUAAUCCAAUUGCCUCCAUUAAUACGCGGGUCAUAUGCGAGAUUUGAAGAAAAUGGUGCUUAUUUAUUAGAAAAUGGUCAGGUGCUAAUGUUUUGGUUAGGUAGACAAGUAUCACAAGAUUUUAUACGUAAUGUUUUUGGAGUGGAAUCUGUCGAACAUAUUGAUUCAAAAAUUAGUGUCCUUCCUGCAUUAGAAAACCAGACAUCGGUGCAAAUACGUUCUAUCAUAGCACAUUUACAGUCGCAAAGGUCAAAACAUUUGCGUUUAACAAUUGUAAGAACGCAAAUAGACCCUUCAGAAAUUGAAUUCAAUAGCUUACUUGUUGAAGAUGAGAACAAUGGUGCUAUGUCAUAUGUUGAUUACUUAUGCUACAUUCAUAAGCAGAUUCAAACGGAAGUUAAAUUAGAAAUUAAUACUACUAAAGGUGAAAAACAUGAAACAUACAAGAAAUAG